AUGUGCGGGUUUCUGUGGACUCCAGAAACUAACCACAUUGUGGGGGUAUUAUGUCACCCACAUUCCCUCUCGUCGCUCGCGCUUCCCCUCAUCACCCGUGCCGGCCCUCGCCGCCCUUGCCUCCCCUCGUCGCCCGCGCGUCCCGUCGUCGGGCUUCCCUCCCAGUCACUUGCGCUUCCCCUCGUCAUCCGCGUUUCCAUCCGCUCUUCCCCUCUCCCCAUCUCACCAUCUCCAGCCCGUCAUACCUUCCUCAUUCCUUCCGAAGGGGUGGAACAGAGGGGGAGGAACAAAUGGGGAGGAACAAAUGGGGAGGAACAGAUGGGGAGGAACAGAUGGGAAAGAACAGAUGGGGAGGAACAGAUGGGGAGGAACAGAUGGGGAGGAACAGAUGGGGAGGAACAGACGGGGAGGAACAGAUGGGGAGGAACAGAUGGGGAGGAACAGAUGGGGAGGAACAGAUGGGGAGGAACAGAUGGGGAGGAACAGACGGGGAGGAACAGAUGGGGAGGAACAGAUGGGGAGGAACAGAUGGGGAGGAACAGAUGGGGAGGAACAGAUGGGGAGGAACAGAUCCCCUCUCUACUCCCCACCAUCCUCCCCCCAGCUCUCUCCCCGGCAUCUGCCCCCGUUUCCCCAUCCUCUUCCCUGUUUCCCCGUAUCCCCUGCCGUGGUUCCCCCCAUCCUAUCCCCUCUUACCUCGUAUCCCCUGCCCUGCUUCCCCCCCAUCCCCUUCCCUGCUUCUUCCCAUCCCUCCUCCUGCUUUCCCCCCUCCCCUGCCCUGCUUCCCCCCAUCCCCUUCCCUCUUCCCCUCAUCCCCUUCCCUGCUUCCCUCCACCCCCUUCCCUCUUCCCCUCAUCCCCUGCCUUGCUUCUGCCCAUCCCCUGCUCUGAUUUCCCCCAUCCCCUUCCCUGCUUCCCCCCAUCCCCUUCCCUGCUUUCCCCAAUCCCUUGCCCUACUUCCCCCCAUCCCCCACCCUGCUUCCCCUCAUCCCCUUCCCUGCUUCCCCCCAUCUCCUUCCUUGAUUCCCCCCAUCCCCUUCCCUGCUUUCCCCCCAUCCCCUUCCCUGCUUCCUCCCAUCCCCUUCUCUGCUUCCCGUCAUCCCCUACCUUGAUUCCCCCCUUCCACUUCCCUGCUUCCACCCAUCCCCUGCCCUGCUUUCCCCCAUCCCGUUCCCUGCUUCCCCCCAUCCCCUUCCCUGCUUCCCCCCAUCCCCUCCCCUGCUGCCUCCCAUCACUCUCAUUCUCCUUCCUCCCACAUUCACUCUCUCAGUCAUCUCGCACUCCCUCUCUCUCUCCGUCCUCUCGCACUCGCACUCUCCUUCCCACCACCCUCAGCCCUCCUUCCCCUCACCCUCUCCCCUGUUCCCACCUGCCCUCCAUAUCCCGGCCUUUCCCUCCCUGCCCUGCCCUUCCCUUCUCAACCCUUCCCUUUCAUGUCAUGCCCUCCCCUUCCCCCUCACCUUUCGCCCUCUAG